GUCGUGAGCAGCGGGACGGCAACACGGGACUUGAUGCAUGCUUCGUGUGUGGUAUGGGCAGAAGCUUUAGAAGGCACGCAGGCGCGUGACGCAGGCUACUACAGCGCUGAUGUUCUGGCAGUUUCACUUUGGUAUUCUGGCCACUUCCUGUGCAGGAGUCGUCAGCACUCCAGCCCUCGCAACUUUAUGUGUCUACCCACGCCACUUCCUGUGUCUGCCGUCCAUGAACUUUCUGUGCGCCUGUGCCCACGAGGAAUUCUGUGAGCACAUGGAACUUUCUGUGAGCCCACGGAACUUUCCCUUUGGCCUGUCAGGCCCGCGGACAAGAGCUGCGCAACAAAAUGGCAACCCUUGCGCAGGCUUUACACAUACCUUUUGCUGAGUGCCUGGAUCUGUAGGGGGGUGGCAGUGUGGCACUGUGAGCUGCUGGAUCGAGGACUGAAUCCGCGUCAGCCGCGAUGAGCCCAAAACGCUUGCGACCAGGCACGGUCUUGUCUGCGUCCAGCUUGAGAUUUACGGGAUGCUGACUCUUAUUACUACAUUUCACGGCAACCUGUUAUUACGCCACCUGCACGGGUUCGCGCGCUUGCUGCGAACCCCUCAACAACCACGCUUUUUAAAACCCUUGGCCGCCGGCUGUAACUGCCCGCCAACAUACAGAAACCUAUACAUUUGGCUUUUAGUUAGAUGAAGCCUAACGCCGGUCGCUUUGGCUGGCUAUACGAUUGCGCGGAGCACUCAGACGUUUUAUUGGCGCUGCAAUGCGGGGAUGGCGCGCCACUGCAUGAGGCACCUGGUAUUGACGCGGCUGCCAGAGAAGCGAGGGCACCUGGCGGCUCUGGCAACGGGGCACCUGGCGACUAUCACUUGCAUGUCGCGGGGCGGCCACCGGCUACAGUUGCCCUUAUUGAUGCUCACUCCGUGGUCCUGGCCACCAGCUCCGACAUGAUGCGGAGCUGGCUGAGCGGGCGCUGGGGCAGUAGCAGCAGCGACAGAGGCAGUAGCAGCAUUGCCAACAGCAGCGGCAGCAGCAGCGGCGGCGCCGGCAGCAGCAGCGCCAACGGCUGCGGCUGCAGCGCCGGUGGCAGUAGCCGGCGCGUCCUGACGCUGCGUGUCGAGGCCGGGGAGAUCGAGGCGGCGAAAGCGGUGGUGCGGUGGAUGUACACGCAGGAGCUCGGGGCGCCAGCAGCGGCCGCCGAGCGCGAGCGGCUCACCAAGCCGGCCGCCGCCGCCGCGGGCGCCACAUGCGGCAACUCUUGCUGCUCCUGGCUGGACGCCGACGGCGACGGUGACGGCGACGGCGAGCCUGACGCGCACGUGCACCUGCUGACGUGUAUGCUGCUGGCCGACAGGUGGCUGAUGGGCGCGUGCGCGCAGCACGCGGCGGCGCUGCUGGCGGCGGUGGGCCCGGCCAGUGGCCUCAGCUGGCGAGCCAGGGCGAGGCUGCUGUCGCUGCCGCCCGCACUCGCGGGCGCCAGCCCGCACCCGGAGAUGGCAGACCUGACGGCGCGGCUGGAGGCCAGUAUGAGGCGCAGCCUGAGAAUCCCGGAGCUGGCGUGGGAGGACCCCGACAUGCGGCGGCUGGUGGCGGCACUGCCGGCGGAGCGCCUGGCCGACCUGCUGCUGCGCCGCCCGCACACCGCCUCCACACACACCAGCACCAACACCAGCACCAGCCCUGGCGACGGCGGCCUGCACACCGUACAGCAUCUGCCCGCGCUCCUCGCCCCGUGCACCACCAACGUCAUCAGCGGCGGGCGCUGGUGCGGCGACGGCUCCGCGGCGCAGCAGCUGGCGGUGAGUAGUGAGGACGUGGUGCUGAGCGCUCUGAACCACUGGUUCACGCACCAGCCCUUCCACCGCGCGACACACGGCGGCCGGUGCGCGGGCUGCCGCAACGCUGGAGCACGGAGUGCGGCUGCGGCUGCGGGUGCGGCCGCGGGCGCGGCGGUGGCUCCCGGGUUCUUGGUCACCGCGGGCGUGAUGGAGCGAGGCGAUGGAGUGAUGGAGGAGAGCUCGGUGGACAGCAUGGCCUUGGUGCCGGAUGAAGAGGCGGCCGAGGCUGCGGCUGCCGAGGCUGCGGCUGUGUUGCUGCCGUGGGUGCGCUAUGACCUGCUGACGGACCACUUCCGGGCCGCGGUGGCGCCCUGGCUGCCGGGGCUGUGCCGCAUCAGGCUGCACCGGGAGCUGCUCGCCGCAGCGGCCGCCACCCGACCGGCAGCUGCCGGCAGCUGCUCCGCCCGUGUCGGCCGCUCCCGGCGGUCGUCACUCGAGCCCCCCAUGGUGACGGCUGAGCCGCCGCAGGCCGCCUCCCCGCCCGCGCCCCAGCCCUGUGUGCCACAGGCCCAGCCGCCAACGCAGCCGCCGCUCCAGCCGCAGCCGCCGCUGCAGCCGCAACCGCAGCCGCAGCCGCAAUCAGAGGGCAGCGCCUCGGGCCCAGCGCUGUGCUGCAGCAGUGAGAUGAGCAGCCCUGCCGAUGCAAGCAUGAAGCCAGCGGCUCAAGCGGUGUGGGAGGACCUGCCGGCUAGCCCGCAGCGUGUCGCUGCCGGCACCGCCGUCACGGCGACGAAGCACGGACAGCCGGGCGGGCCCCAGGACCUGGCCCACAGCAGUGCAGUUGUGGUGGGAGCUGCAGUCAGCGGCGGCCGGCUGCCGUAUCGGGUCAUACGGCGCAUCGACUGGAACCGGCCAGCCUGUGACGUGCGCAUCGAGCUCACAGGUGUCGGCGGCUUUGCGGGCGACGGCCGCAGCCUGGCGCCGCCCUCGCCCGCCACCCGCUCCCUGAUGGCCGCCCUGCGGUCACGGCAGGCCGUGCUGAGCGGCAGCAGCGCCACCUGCAGCACCACCAGCAGUAGCACCUCCGGACCUGGCUGUAGCAGUGUCGGGUGCGCGGCCCUGCACCUCAGCCCGGGGCUGCACCUGGGCGGGUACCGCUGGCACCUGGCCACACGGGUCGUGCCGCUCGCGCGCAAGAAGCCGCGCCUCCCGCCAGCACCCGCGGCACCCGCUGCCGGGGCCCCGGCUGCUACAGCUGUUGCUACUGCCCAGGCUGCAGCUGACGCGGUCGCUGCUACUGCCGCCUGGCUGCCUACCGCCGCCAGUGCCUGGCUGCAGCUGCAGGUGGGGCUGGUGUGCUGCGCCCCGCGCUGCCGCCGCUGCUACAGCCACGGCCAAGGCUGCAGCGGCUGUAGUACGGCUUUGGCACCGCCGCUGCCAUCGCCGCCACCACUCAACGUGGGCUGCCUGGUGCUGGGUCUGACGGUUGGGGCUGGCAAGCUGGCCUGGAGCAGGAGCUGGUCGCCAUGUGAGCUGAGCCCCGUGGUGGUUGCGGCGGAGCCAGGGCCAGCGGUGGGUCAGGGCGGCGAGGAUGGGGAGGCGGAGGAGGCGGGGCCGGAGGAGGCGUGGUGGGAGGUGUGGAGCGACAUGGAUGGAAUGGAGCCGACCUGGUGGGAUGCGGGCGGCGCCGCCACCGCUGGCGGGCUGCUGCGCCUGCACUGCGUGCUGCAGCUGUAGGCACACGGACCGCCCAGCUGGUCAACAGUGGUAGCACGGGAGCGAGCGCUGGGGGGCAGGAGACCUGCCGGCUGGCCGCACACAUGCACACGCGCAUGAGCAUGCGCAUGUGCAUGCGUAGGGCGCGUAUGGGUGCAAACGCUUCGUGAAGGGUCGUGGUGCGUGUGUUGAAGAAGAACGACAGGGAUGCUCUGUGCGAGCGUGUGUGCGAGCGUGUGUGUGUGUGUGUGUAUGUGUGCGUGUGCGUGCGUGUGUGCGUCUUUGUGUUAAAAAGCACAAGGAAACCUUGCGCAAAGGCAGUGUGUGUGUACGGUAGACGUCUGUGUGAGAGAGGAGAGAGUGGCGCCCAUGUGCAACGACACAUGGCAGCUGCUGGUGGUAUGGACCGGCGCUUUGACCAGAAGAGCGGCAGGCAGCGAACCAGUGCUAGUGCUAGCGCUUGUGCUUUUGGGAGUUUACAAUAAGCAACCCAGAGCGCGCUGCUAGUGCUUGUGGGGUGUCACCGCACUCUUGGGGGCUUAAAGCUAGGAGCGGAGUGGCUCGAAGAAUUGGAACACAAGUGCACAGGAUGCAUCCGGCCUAUCGUCUGGCACUACGGUACAUGGUUCGGACUCCUGCGGCUGCAACAGGCCGCGGUGUAUGGAUAUAUCCUUGCAUGCGCCAUAUCAUACAGCCAUAAGAAACACGUGUUUUGCACUGCAACGUGAUGCGCUCAAGUGCGGGAUCGGGCAAUGUCGUGGGGGCACAAAGUGUACGGUAUCAUGGGAUGACAGAGGCUGCCGGGCGCUGCGUGAGGCGGCCGCGCGUUCACCAGGCACGGGCGUGGGCAAGGGUUGAAAGGGCCAUCCUGUACCACGGAGUAAGCAGGUGUAUGACUAGGAGUGUCCGAGCAGGGACAUGCCAUUACGGGACCAUUUCAGGGCCCCGGCGAAAUGUAUGGUACGGAUCUUGGCCAGCUGCGUGGUGGGCCUGGCUGCAGGUGCCAUGACAGCAUGGUGUGUGGAGGGUGAGGGCCACGGGCUGUACUUGUUAUGGGCUUAUACUUGCAAUGUGUUUCCACAGGUUGGCAAGCUUAUCACUCGGGCCGGGGGAUUCCGGCUGCAUCGAAUAUGCAGUUUGUUAAGGAUUACAUCGCACAGGCUGGGCAGUAGUGGUGGCUGGGCAGGAGCCGCGCUGUGAGCAAGUUGAGGCCCGGCCGGUGUCUGGUUAGCAGUCUUUGCUGGCGAGCAUAGCUUUGGGAGGAUGUAUUGCUGUUUGGUUUGCUGCCUGGCUGCCUGCUGUGCUUAUGCUUGCCAGCGGACACGGCUGGAGACAUGGCGGGUCGGGCCUGACUGCCUGUACAAAUCGACCACGACCACGCCUAUGUCCGGGAGAUGAGGUAGACGCGUGCGGCCUCGCAAGGGAGGCGUGGCGUGGGCGCAGCCCACGUUUUGGGCAGAGCCCCCCGAGCGAAGCGAUCCAGGGGGGCCGAAGCCCCCCGAGAAUGCCCUGUCCGUGACUGCGUGCCCAGCGCUGCGUGCCCAGCGCUGCGUCUGCAAAAAGUGUCAUACUGGCUAUGUGCCUGUGGAAACCGACCCCGGCUAUGUCCUGGCUGCGUUCCAGGUGGGUCUCUUGGGGUUCGCGUUGUCCCAACGCAUCGCAGCCUUAGCUUGGUAGUCUGCGGCCAGUCCACGCCAGCCCAGCCUAUGGCAGCCGUCUUGACCAAACGUUCUGCAAAUGCUUCUGUAUGGGCAUGCAAGUGUGUGCGAGUGCUUGUGCUAGUGGGCGGAGUGUUCAGAGGGGCAUUCUGGCGCGGAGACGAAUUCUGGCUC